AUGCAGAUCAGCCCUGGUAGAACAAACCACUUGGAAACCUUCAAAAAUCUGCAGAAAAACUUAGAACUGCUCAAAAAUGUAAACUCCCGUAUCUUGAUUGGAGCUCCUCCUAUGAAAAAAAAACUGCUAACCAUAGGGAUUUCCUCAGUUCAACACCCCAGUGGGAGCUACCUCUUGGACACCCUGCAGUCUCUCUUCUUUGCUUCCUCCUCAUCUGAGCAGAAACACUUCAUUGUCUUGGUACACCUGGCAGAUCCUGACCCCAAGUGGCUUGGUCAAAUGAUCUCCAGCAUCUCAACCCUGUUUAAACCGUAUAUCCAGACCAGACAGCUAGUAGUGAUCAAUACACCUCUUAAAAACUAUCUUCUUUUAAAGGACCUUAAGAAAAACUUUCACACCACCCCAGCCUAUGAAGCCUUCCACUCCAAGCAGACCAUGGAUUAUGCCUUCCUCAUGAACUUUGCUACCAACCACUCUGACUAUUUUCUGAUGAUCGAAGAUGAUGUGAAAUGUGCUCCAGGAUUUGUCACCCAGAUAGCUACUAUAGUGUCUGCCUGGGAAAACAAACGUUGGAUGACUCUGAACUUCUCUCAGCUGGGCUUCACUGGAAAACUCUUUCGUACUAGAGACCUUCCCUGCUUAGUUCACUUCCUUCUCCUCUUCUACCAAGAAAUGCCCUAUGACUACCUCCUGACUCAUUUUCAUGAACUUUUCAUGCAACCAACACCAAUCCAAUUCUUCCCUUCCCUUUUCCAGCACAGGGGUAAUUACUCCUUCUUUGACAGCAAAUUCAAAUUCAAAGAUAAAGAGAUUGAGGAAAAUGACCCUGGUUCUCCCAGCAACCCUGCUGCUUCCAUCUACACUAGCCUGAAGGUUGCCAAUGGCUCUGUUCUCAUGAAUGCCUACAGCUUGGAUAAGAAUUUCUUUUAUACCAAAUCAGCUGAGGCUGGCAGUCAUCUGACUGUGGUUUUGGAUGUACCUGCCAAGGUGUUCCAAGUUCAAGUGCUGACUGGCUCUCACCUAAAAAACAAGAAUCAGCUGGAAGAGGGACAAGUAGAACUGGGCUAUGAUGCUACUAAUAGGGUCAAUGACUGUGAUGACUAUAUUCUGCUGGGGCUACUGGAAAAUGGCACCCUGAAUAAGCAGGUAUUAUCUAAUGAGUCUGGGAAGAAGGUAAAAUGUGUGAGAUUGCUUGUGACAGCCACUCCACCCUCUGGAAUAAUAGUCAGGCACAUCAACCUGUGGAUUAAAUGA